AUGUCCGAGGGUGUAGAGGCGGCCGCGGAGUCCUCGCCGGACGAGGACGACGACCCGAUAAAUCACCUGCGUGCGCAGUGCAGCGUCAUCGAGUCUGCAGUCUCUCGCCGGCGGCCUCGAUCGCGCACGGCCGACGACGACGAGGCCGAGCCGUGCUUCGAUCUCUCGAUGGUGCAGGCACUCCUCGCCAAGGCACACGCAUCGGUGAGACUGCCUCCGUGCGAGCGGGACCCCGAGGUGUUGACGCUCGUGCUGCGCUGCCUCGCCAACGGCGCGCUACUGCACGACCCGAGCGAGCUCGCGGAGGCCGACGGCCUGCUCGCUCUCGUCGAGGCGGCCGCGGGGUCGGCAGACGUCUUUGCGCCGCCGACGACGCAGCACGUCGCGAUGAUGCUCCUCCUCAACCUCUCGCGGGCGGCCUCCGCGGCGCCCGCCGUGGCGUGCCUCAAGCCGAUGCUCGAGGGGCUCGGCAGGUCGGACGACCCUCGCCUCCGCUCGCUGUCGUCCGCCGUGCUAAAGAACCUCUCCCUCCACGGCGGCGGCCUCAUCGCGCGCCUCUCCCUGCCCGACAAGGCGCGGCUGCAGCAGGUGACCCCGGCGACGAUGCUCGGCACCAUCAGCCGCCUCGAGUCGGGCGUAUCGACCGCGUCGCCGCCUCGAACGCCGCAAAACACCCGCAUCCCGGGCAGGAUUGUCGACGCCACAAAGGCCGAGGCGAUCCUGUCGUCGCCUUCGGCGGUCGCGGCCGUCGAGGCGGCGGAGGCGAAGGCGGUCGGCGAGGAGUUCAGCGCUGGCGCGGGGGGGGCGGGCGAGGGCCUCGCCGACGUUGCGCUGGUGCCGCAGCUGGCGUGCGCGCUCCACCCGUGGGUGAGUCCGAGGCUGCGCGAGUCGGCGGCGCUGCGCCUCGCGAGGCUGCUCAUGCUCGCGUGGAAGCGCGGCACGCACGACGAGACGUUGCUCUACCUGCUCGAGCUCGCCUAUGCGCUGCACGGCUUCGGCUCCGAGUCCGCCGCGGCUCUCCGCACCGCUGCGCCGCCCAACGGCUGGUCAAACGACGGCUUUAGCGAGGCGGCGGCGCAGGCGUGCCUCUUUUGCCUCGCGGUGCUCCCGCUGCUCGGUGGCGGCGCGACCGUCUUCGGGCGCGUCGUCCUCGACCGGAUCUUGCCUGUCGUCCAGCCGCCCACUUCGCUGACCCACCCAGUCCGCGUGCGGCUCGCGCUCGCCUCGCUGCAGAACGCCUCGUCCGACCCGCGCGCCGCCUCCUGCUUCCGCGAGAGGGGCAAGGACAAGGGGAUGCGCCAGAAGCUCGUCGACACGCUGUGGGCGGCGGCGGCGCUGCCGCACGCCGCCGCGUCGGAUCUCGCCCUCGGCACCAUCGCCAACCUCGCGGCGGUCGCCACGGCGCGCUCCUCGGCCGACGAAGAGCUGACCGAGGCCAGCUUCGCGCUGCCGCUGGUGAUGCCCGAGCCGGCGGCGGUGGGAACUUUCCACCGCGAGCCUCCCCCGGCGCUGCCGCUGCCACCCGCGGCGGCGAGCCCGAGCGCCGAGGGCUACCGCGCGCUGCCGCGGCUGUGCGUCUCGCUCACCUCGCACGCGCCGCACGCGGCGCUGCGCCGCGCCCUCGGCUCGCUCGUCGUCCUGCUCAGCUCGCGCUCGCUCGACGCGGCCACCGCCCUCUCCCUCCUCUCCGCGUACGGCUGCGUGGACCGGCUCGUCGCGCUCGCGACGGCGCCUUCGGAGGCCAAGGAGGACGGCUCGGCAAAGGCGCUCAUCCGGGACGCCGCCCUCGUCCUCCUCGGCGCCCUCCGGCUCGUGUAUGGGCUCGGAGGCGCGCGGCUCGUCGCGCCGCACCUGUCCGCGAUCACGCCGCCGGCGAUCGCGGCGCUGGUGUCGACCGAGCCGCGCGCCCGCAUGGCGGCCGCCUUCUUCUGGCACGACGCCACCGCCGCCAAGGGGCCCGCGACCAGCCUCGCGCGAGCGACGGUGCCGGCAGGCAAGCUGGCCGGCGCGGGCAUCCCCAUCGGCAAGACGGCGACGGGCGGCGCGCCGGCCUUUUGCUCGGGGCUGGGCGUGAUGCGCCGGCUCGCCACAUCCGCCCCCGACGCAUCGCCGGCGGAUGGGCGCCUCGCUCUCCUGGCGGCGGGCGCCGUCUCGCACGUGCUGCAGCACUCGUCGCUCUCGCACUUGUGGACGAGCGCCCCCGACUCGCUCUCCUACCUCGAGCGGCUCUCGGAGGAGGAGGCCGCCGAGCUCGUGGCGCUCCCAAUCUCGCUCGCCAAGGAGGGGGUGAUGGUGAUGGUCGAGGGGGCGGCGGUGGAAGGGGUGAGCGUGCCCUGAGCGCUGAGGGAUCACCACCGACACUUUCGCGAGUUCUCGGCAGGUGAGCUACGCCAACACACCCUGGGCGCGCCACCCUCCAAGGCUACAAAGGCAGGCAUGUGAAAUUCAUGUGUGUGAUCUCUCUUGUGUGUGUGUGUUUUGUCUUCUCUCUUGUGUAUAACCAAACUCGUUG